AGCAAAUAUUUGCAUAAGAUGUUCAGGUGCUUUAUAUAUAAACAAAUACUAACAAACAAAGUAUAUCAGCGCAAAUAAUUAGUGUAUGGUUCCGAGUGUGUUCUCAGGAUAAUGAUACGUGUCAUUGCCCAGGAAUUCGACACAUGGUUAUGAUGUCACGAAGAUCGUAUCCGUAAUUGCGAUGUUCGUAUUGCGCUUGAUGUGGGGGAUCCUCCGGCGUUGCAUCUGGCCAUUCGACGUAGAUUUCAGCAGGGUGUCGGAGAGGCCACGCCCGCUGUCUGAAGGAAGGACCCGGAGUGACGUUCAAGACAUUGGUCUGUCGGCGGGCGGAGUAAACGCCUCGCACGGAACACCAGAGCGACCGAUUCUGCAACUUGUCCGACAAACAACUUGGACCGGCGAUGAUGACAUCGGUCUGUCGGCGGACGGAGUAAACGCCUCGCACGGAACACCAGAGCGACCGAUUCUGCAACUUGUCCGACAAACAACUUGGACCGGCGAUGAUGACAUCGGUCUGUCGGCGGGCGGAGUCCGUCGGAAGUACCAACCAGUGCUUGGCCUGCAGAUUACGUACAGUAGACUGCGCUCUGUCCGCUCUGUCGUGGAUGAACCUGAUAUCGUAUUGGGAAGACUGCUGAUUCCAAAGGACCACGAUUUGGAGACUCUCCGUGCAUCAUUCGACAAGCAUAAAUUUGUAUUUUUUCAUCAUUUCUUUUGUUCGUAUUUGUUUCAUAAAAGUGUUGUCGAAGAACAAUACGAAAGCAAUUGUUAAGUAUUUUAGUGUUUUAAAAAUUUUCAAUAAAAUUAUGU